AUGACCUAGGUCCCAAAAGUGUUCAUCUGAAAACAGUUGUUGUAGAGGAAGGAACAUGCAUGAUGUCCAAACGUGUGUCACCUUUAAGAAUAGUGACUCAUUUCAAAUCCCCCCUGAGGAUAACAAUUAUUGUCCAGUAAAUAAUUCAAAAGAUCUCUCGCAGAACAACAAAAUAAAUUAUCAUACUCAGAGGCUUGUGUUGUUCUUCAAUUUACAAGUUGUAAUUUGCAAAUCAAACUACACAAAAUUGUUACACAAUAAUCAUAUUCUCUCGUGUACAGAGAACGAUGAACUUAAAAAUAAAAAAAAAAGAUACAAUCGACCAGAAAAAAGGGGGAGAGAGCAAGCAAAACUAAACAACAAAGAGAAAUAUUUUUACAACCAAGAGAAGGAGGGGAAGGAGAAUGAGGAGAACCCCCCAGCACAGCCGAGUGCAAGUGAUAUAGUUGCACCGAGGAAUUACCUCUUUGGCCUGACAGAGGGGUUUUUUUUAUGUUGCGAAAAACUUGCAUAUAAAGAUGUUAUCCCCGCACCACCAAGGGCAUAUCCCAGGAACAGCUCACAAUGGCAACAGCUGCAGAGCGAAAAAGAGCAACACCAAAAACAUGCUUUCUCAACUUUAGUACAUUCUAAGUGCACUUGCACCGAGAAUUGUACUCUACAGCAAGGUGAUUAUUUGCUCGUUAUUUCAUUCAUGACGAAUGAACUACUUUUUUGCAACAACAACAAAAAUGAGCUAGAAAAGAAAAAAAAGUAAAAAAUAAACAAUUUACAAACUACGAUUGUUUUUAUUUCGUUUAUUUUAUUUUGUUUAUAAUAAAAAUUGAAACAAACAAAUGAAAGAAAAUGUAUAUUUAUAGAAAUUGUAACGGGA